AUGGAAAAGUCGAAGGAAAGGCCCUUCUCGUACGACCCGAACAUGGCAGCAACCAACGGCACCAACGGUGUCCCUCACGAGAAACCCUCGCUGCCCUCGGUCUAUAUCGUUGCCGCUGCCAGGACGCCGGUGGGCAUGUUUCUUGGUUCCCUAUCCUCACUCACCGCCCCUCAACUCGGUUCCCAUGCUAUCAAAUCCGCCCUUGAAAGAGUACCCGAGAUCAAGCCACAAGAUGUACAGGAAGUAUUCUUUGGAAAUGUCCUCUCUGCAAACCUUGGUCAGAAUCCUGCACGGCAAUGCGCCCUCGGAGCCGGUCUUGACAAUUCGACCGUCUGCACUACGGUCAACAAGGUUUGCGCGUCAAGCGUGAAGGCUAUCGUCCUGGGUGCUCAGACUAUCAUGACCGGCAACGCCGACAUUGUUGUGGCUGGUGGUGCCGAGUCCAUGUCGAAUUGCCCUCACUAUCUUCCCAACAUGCGCACCGGAGCCAAGUUCGGCAAUCAGACUUUGGUUGACGGUGUUCUAAAAGAUGGUCUCUCUGAUGCAUAUGGCAAGCAGGAGCACAUGGGGCUGCAAGGAGAGGAAUGUGCACGGGAUCACGAUUUCAAUCGGGAGCAACAGGACGACUACGCUAUACAGUCGUACCAGCGGGCGCAGGAUGCUCAAAAGCACGGACUUUUUGAUUUCGAGAUUGCGCCAGUCCAGCUUCCUGGCGCACGUGGGAAGCCUGGCGUAACAGUGGACAAGGACGAUGAGCCCAAGAACCUGAACGCGGACAAGCUGCGAUCGAUAAAGCCAGCCUUUAUUCCUGAGACAGGCACAGUGACAGCACCAAACGCCUCACCCUUGAGCGACGGAGGUGCCGCGGUUGUGUUGGUCUCGGAGGCCAAGUUGAAGGAGCUGAACAUCAAGCCACUAGCAAAGAUUCUGGGCUGGGGAGAUGCUGCACACCAACCUAACAAAUUCACGACAGCGCCGGCCCUUGCGAUUCCAAAGGCUUUGAAGCAUGCCGGCAUUAGUCAAGAUCAGGUCGAUUUCUUCGAGAUUAACGAGGCAUUCAGCGUGGUGGCGCUUGCCAAUAUGAAGCUUCUGGGAUUGACCGCGGACAAGGUCAACGUCCACGGAGGUGCUGUGGCUAUUGGGCACCCUCUCGGUGCUUCAGGUGCUCGGAUCGUCGCAACAUUGCUCGGUGUUCUCAGGGCAGAGAAGGGCAAGAUUGGAUGCGUAGGCAUCUGCAAUGGUGGAGGUGGAGCAAGUGCUCUGGUCGUUGAGUCUUUGAUGUAAAGCAAGAACCAUGGAGCCUGGAAUGGGAAUCCACCGGCAGAGGUGAUUGGGCAAAAAGGCGUACCAAAAGGGUCGGGCCAGGCACAUACGCCUAGUGGGUGCUGUUUGCUCAUUCGAGUGCAGUGCAUCCACCAUAUUCAAUCAAAUCGUCGACAUAUGUAAAUAGUUAGUCCGACCACAUUUCGGGACAUUCUUGGUCCGAACAAGGCUGGAAACCUGGAAAUGUCAGAGUAGAAACUGCGGAGAAGUUGGACGUGCAGCCACCUCCGCAUCUGCCCACUGGCCAUUGAUUUGCCGACUGUGACCUCCUCCUGAGUCUUCUUGUCACCU